AUGGGUGAAGUAAAUCAAAUAAUACAGUUGUUUCGAGAACGAACUUCUAAAGAACUUCCGGUUUCAUCAUCACUUAGUUCAUUUCAAGAAGAAGAACUUGCUAAUCAAUUAUUCGAUGUAUUCCAAUCAAUAUGGACAAGCACUUCGUAUAAUCAAGAAGGCGAAACAACUCUGGAUCAUAAUACAUCAGGCAAUGAAACAGAUGAGUGCAAAGACGAACCUGAUAAUGCAUCUGAUGAUCCAGAUUAUGAUGAAAAAGAUGAAGAGAAACCGGUGUUUGAGCCAUUUUCUUUGUCGUACAUGAAACGAGCACUUGCUUAUUAUGAUGCAAUAAAUCCCAAAACUGGAAAAUGA